AUGUCUCCAGGGACCUUUCCAGGGACGGCGGAAACCCAGGGACCCUCCCAGAGGCAGCAGCGCAUUCGGGGAGCCAUCCAGGUGAAGAUAGCACCUCCAGAGCCCCUGCCAGUAACGAGAAAGCAUCCAGGGACACUCGCAGGGGCGUCGAAGCGCCCAAGAACCAUCCCAGGGGCAGCCACGCAGCUGCGUCCCCAGGGACCCUCCCAGGGACAGGGGCUUCCCCAGAGACCCCCUCAGAGGCAGCUGCACACCCAGGGAGCUUCCCAGAGACAGCGCCUGUCUCUAGAGACCCUUCCAGAGGCAGACAGCGCCCUCGGGACCCUCCCAGGAACGGCGGAGCAUCCAGUUACCCUCCCAGGGACAACAGCGCCCCAGGGACUCUCUUAUAUGCGACAGCGUCUCCAGGGAAGUUCCCAGGGGCAGAUGCGCACCCAGGAACCCUCCAAGGGACACCGAGCUCUAAAUACGACAAAAACUACUGCUCAAAGGGAUCCUACAGGACUGACGCUCUUAGGGACACUUCCAGAGACAGCUGCUGCCCGCAGGGACUCUCCCAGGGACAGAGGCGCCCGCAAGGAGUCUCCCCGGGGCGGCAGUGACUCCAGGGACCCUUCCAGAGGCAGCCAUGCACCCAGGGUCCCUCCCAGGACAGCAGCGCCCCAAAGACUCUCUGGGGGCAACAGUACCUUUAGGGACCCUCCCAGGGGCACCCGCGCACCCAGGAACCCUCCCAGGAGCACUGGAUCCCCCAGAGACUCUAAUAGGGGCGGCAGUGACUCCAGGGACCCUCCUAGGGGCGCCUGCGUCCCAUGGGACCUUCCAGGAGAAGCAGCGCCACCAGGCACCCCCCCUAAGAAAGGCGGAGGAUCAAGGGACCUUCCCAGGGGUAACGGAGCCCCCAGGAAACAUCCCAGGGGCAGCCAUACCUUCAGAGGCCCUCCUAGGGACAGCAGAUGCCCCCAGGGACCCUCCCACCAAAGUCGGGUGAGCCUUCAAGGACCCUCCCAGAAGCAGCCGCGUCCCCAGGAACCCUCUCAGGGUAGGGGCUUCCCCCAGGGACCAGCUCAGGGACAGCCGGGCAUCCAGAGAGCUUUCAAGGGACAGCAGCUGCCUCGAGGGACCCUCCCUCUGCCCAAAACACCUCCCAGGGGCGGUGGACCCCCAAAGACUUUCCCAGGAGCAGUGAACCCACCAGGGAACAUCGCAGGGGCAGCCGUACCAGCAGGGACCCUACCAGGGAAAGUGACUGUCCCCAAGGACCCUCCCAAUGGAGGCUUAGGAUCCAGGGACCCCCCUAGGAGCGACGAAGCCCCCAGGGAUCAUCAGAGGGGCAAUCGUAUCUCCAGGUGCCCUCCCAGUGGCAGCUGCACCCCAAGGGACCCUCCCAGGAACGGAGGAGUAUACAGCGACCCUCCCAGAAGCGGUGCGCCACCCUGGGACCUUACCAUGGGUCCCCAGGGCCCUAUGGCAUGCUUGGAUCCUACAGGACUGACGCUCUCAGGGACACAUCAAGAGACAGCUGCUGCCCCCAGGACUCUCCCAGAGACAGUGGCGCCCGCAAGGAGUUUCCCCUGGGCGGGAGUGACUCCAGGGACCCUUCCAGGGGCAGCCAUGCACCCAGGGUCCCUCCCAGGGACACUGGUGCCCCCAAAUACUCUCCCAGGCGCUGCAGCGCACCUAGGGACCUUUUCAGGGGCAGUUGCUGUCUUGAUGGACCAUCCCAGAGGCACCGGCGCCCCCAGGGAUCCUCUCAGGGGUGUCGGAGCUCCCAAGGACCAUACCAGGAGCGGCGGAACCUCCAGGGACCCUCCCAGGGACAGCAGCUACCCCAGAGACUCUCCUAGGGGCGACAGUUCCUCCAGGGACCCUCCCAGGGUCAGCCGCGCACCCAGGGACCCUCCCAAUUACACUGGAGCACCCAGGAAUUCUCCUAGAAGCGACAGUGACUCCAGGGACCCUCCUAGGGGCGCCUGCGUGUCAUGGGACCUUCCAGGAACAGCGGGGCAGCCGUACCUGCAGAGAUUCUUCCAGGGACAGCAGCUGCCCCCAGGGACCCUCUCAGAGUCGAGUGAGCCCCCAAGGACCCUCCCAGAAGCAGCCGCUCCCCAGAAACCCUCUCAGGGUAGGGGCUUCCCCGAGGGAUCGUCUCAGGGACAGCCGGGCAUCCAGGGAGCUUUCAAGGGACAAGCUCUAAAUACGACAAAAAUUACUGCUCCAAGGGAUCCUACAGGACUGACGCUCUUAGGGACACUUCCAGAGACACCUGCUGCCCGCACGGACUCUCCCAGGGACAGCGGGGCCCGCAAGGAGUGUACCCAGGGUGGGAGUGACUCCAGGGCCCCUUUCAGGGGGAGCCAUGCACUCAGGUUCCCUCCCAGGGGCACUAGUGCUCCCAGAGACGCUCCCAGGUGCAGCAGCUCACCCAGGGUCCUUUCCAGGGAGAGCAGCUGUCUUGAUGGACCAUCCCAGAGGCACCGGCGCACCCAGGGAUCCUCCCAGGGGUGUCGGAGCUCCCAAGGAUCAUACCAGGGCGGCGGAGCCUCCAGGGACCCUCCCAGGGACAGCAGCGCCCCCAGAGACUCUCCUAGGGACGACAGUGCCUCUAGGGACGCGCUCAGGGACAGCCGGGCAUCUAGGGACCCUCCUAGGGACACUGGUGUCCCUAGGGACUCUCCUUGGGGCGGCAGUGACUCCAGGGACAAUCCUAGGUUCGCCUGCGUCCCAUGGGACCAUCCAGGAGCAGCGGUGCCCCAGGCACCGUCCCCCCAAGAAAGCCGGAGGAUCCACGGACCUUGCCAGGGGGUAGGGGCUUCCCCAAGGGACCCGCUCAGGGACAACCGGGCAUUCAGGGAGCUUUCAAGGGACAGCAGCUGCCUCGAGGGACCCUCCCUCUGCCUCAAGAAACCUCCCAGGGGCGUCGGACCCCCAAGGACCUUCCCAGGAGCAGCGAAGUCACCAGGGACCAUCGCAGAGGCAGCCGUACCUCCAGGAACCCUACCAGGGACAGUGACUGUCCCCAAGGACCCUCCUAAGGGAGGCUUAGGAUCCAGGGACCCCCCUAGGAGCGACGAAGGCCCCAGGGAUCAUCAGAGGGGCAAUCGUAUCUCCAGGACAAAAACUACUGUUCCCAGGGAUCCUACAGGACUUACGCUCUUAGUGACACUUCCAGAGACAGCUGGUGCCCCCAGGACUCUCUCAGAGACAGCGGCGCCCGCAAGGUGUUUCCCCGGGGCGGGAGUAACUCCAGGGACCCUUCCUGGGGCAGCCAUGCACCCAGGGUCCCUCCCAGGGACACUGGUGCCUCCAAAGCCUCUCCCAGGAGCAGCAGCGCAGCCAAGGACCUUUCCAGGGACAGCAGCUGUCUUGAUGUACCAUCCCAGGGAUCCUUCCAGGGGUGUCGGAGCUCCCAACGACCAUACCAGGAGCGGCGGAGCUUCUAGGGAACCUCCUAGGGACAUCGGCGACACCAGAGACUCUCCUAGGGGCGACAGUGCCUCCAAGAAUCCUCCCAGGGACACUGGUGCCCCCAGAAACUCUCCUAGGGGCGGCAGUGACUCCAGGGACCCUCCUAGGAGCACCUGCCUCCCAUGGGACCUUCCAGGAACAGCGGUGCCCCCAGGCUCCCACCCCCACAGAAACGUGGGGAUCCAGGGACCCUCCCAGGGAAGCAGCCGCUCCCCAGGGAUCCUCUCAGGGACAGCCGGGCAUCCAGGGAGCUUUCAAGGUACAGUAGCUGCCUCGAGGGACAGUCCCUCUGCCUCAAAGGCCCCUCCCAGGGGCGGAGGAUCCCCAAGGACCUUACCAGAAGCAGGGGGACCCCCAGGGACCAUCUCAGAGGCAGCCGUACCUGCAGGGACCCUACCAGGGACAGUGACUGUCCCCAAGGACCCUCCUAAGGGAGAUGGAGGAUCCAGGGACCCCCCUAGGAGCGACGAAGCCCCCAGGUACCAUCCCAGGGGCAGUCGUACCUCCAGGUGCCCUCCCAGUGGCAGCUGCACCCCAAGGGACCCUUCCAGGAACGGAGGAGUAUCCAGGGACCCUCCCAGAAGCGGCGCCCCACCCUCGGACCCUACCAAGGGUCUCCAGGGGCCCUGUGACAUGCUUGCACUGGCGCCCCAAGGGAUCCUCCCAGGGGUGUCGGAGCUCCCAAGGACCAGUACCGGGAGCGUCAGAGCCUCCAGGGACCCUCCCAGGGACAGCCGCGCACCCAGGGAACAUCCCAGGGACCCUGGUGUCCCCAGGGACUCUCCUGGGGGCGGCAGUGACUCCAGGGACCCUCCUAGGUGCGCCUGCGUCCCAUGGGACCAUCCAGGAGCAGCGACGCCCCCAGGCACCCCCCCCCCUAAGAUAGGCGGAGGAUCCAGGGACCAUCCCAGGUCGGCCGUACCUCCAGAGACUAUUCCAGGGACAGCAGCUGCCCCCAGGGACCCUCCUAGAGUCGGGUGGGACAGCCGGGCAUCCAGGGAGCUUUCAAGGGACAGUAGCUGCCUCGAGGGACAGUCCCUCUGCCUCAACGGCCUCUCCCAGGGGCGGAGGAUCCCGAAGGCACUUCCCAGAGGCAGCGGAGCCCCCAGGGACCAUCGCAGGGGCAGCCGUACCUGCAGGGACCCUACCAGGGACAUUGACUGUCCCCAAGGACCCUCCCAAAGGAGGCGGAGGAUCCAGGGACCCCCUAGGAGCGACGAAGCCCCCAGGACUAACGCUCUUAGGAACACUUCCAGAGACAGCUGCUGCCCCCAGGAUUCUUCCAUUGACAGCGGCGCCCUCAAGGAAUUUCCCCGGGGCGGGAGUGACUCCAGGGACCUUUCCAGGGGCAGCCAAGCACCCAGGGUCCCUUCCGAGACACUGGUGCCCCCAGAGACUCUCCCAGGCGUAGCAGCGCACCCAGGGACCUUUCCGGGGAUAGCAGCUGUCUUGAUGGACCAUCUCAGAGGCACAGCCGCCCCCAGGGAUCCUCCCAGGGGUGUCGGAGCUCCCAAGGACCAUACCAGGGGCGGCGUAGCCUCCAGGGAACCUCCCAGGGACAGCAGCGCCCCCUAG